UUCCUUAAUUUCCCAGAAUGUGGCGGCGGUGGUUGCCGUUUUCUUUCCUUUCGUUUCUGGACGACAAGAAGGGCUGACGAAACCAGACAUAGGAACUUGAGAACCCGACACCCAUAAAACUCUAGACCCAAAGACGCAAGAAACCCCAAUAACCCAGUUGUGCGCUAGUGUUCGCAAGGUGUUUGAUUCAAUGCCUUUUAGCAGGAUCUAUGUCAAUGGCAUUAAGGGGUUACUGGAGAUCAUACAGCUCGAAGGUCGACUUGAAGAAGCUGAGGCCGAUGAUACUCAAGAGAAUCGAGAAUCGAGCUAAGGACUAUCCAGUGCCCGGAAUGAUUCCAGUGGCCCAAGAGGUCCUCAUGGCUAGAGCACUCCUCUUCCAAGGAGUCUCCAUCCUUCUCAAAUUGUUCCCUGUCCUUGCCUGCAAGUUCUGUCCAGAAGUAUAUAUUGGUGAGAAAGGCCAUUUAAUCAAAACUUGCUGUGGAUACAAGCGCAUUGGAAAGAAUCGCGUUCAUGAAUGGGUUAACGGGGGUUUGAAUGAUAUACUUGUCCCUGUAGAAGCAUUUCAUCUGCACAACAUGUUCCAAGGUGUUAUCAAACACCAGCAAAGAUUUGAUUUUGAACGUGUUCCUGCAGUUGUGGAGCUAUGCUGGCAAGCAGGGGCUGAUCUAAAUGAUGAAAAUUUGAACUCGGGUUCAUUAGUUGCAGAUGAAUUUUAUGGUGGUGUCAGAGGGAUUGAGUCUUUGUCACAUGAUGAUUUGACUGUGAUAGCAAAUGGCACCUUGAGGGCAUGGGAGACACUUAGAUCUGGCGUUAUGAAGCUUCUAUUGGUCUAUCCGGCAAAGGUUUGUAAAUAUUGUUCUGAAGUUCAUGUGGGGCCAUCUGGCCAUAGGGCUCGUCUUUGUGGAGUGUUUAGAUAUGAAAGUUGGCGUGGAGCCCAUUUUUGGAAGAAGGCAGGGGUUGAUGACUUGGUCCCACCAAAGAUUGUGUGGCGGCGAAGGCCUCAAGAUCCAUUAGUGCUUUUGGAUGAAGGUCGGGAUUACUAUGGGCAUGCACCAGCUGUGGUGGACCUGUGCUCACGGGCAGGUGCUAUUGUUCCAACUAAGUAUUCAUGUAUGAUGAAAGUGAGCGGUUUACCUGCACCUCUUUGAGUUUAACCUUCCAUCUUGCAAGCUAAACCUCAAGUGAAGUUGGUUUCAAGAUACAUCAUUGAAGGCACCUUUAGGUCCAGAGCUCUUGUAGACCAUCUAAGUGGGCAAGAUUCUCAUCUCACAUGGCUAGAAUUUUUCAUUCAUAUCUUCAUUUGGUCCUUUAUAUUUUCUUGCAUUAACAAAAUUUUGUUGAUAAUCACAAUGAGUCGAACAUAGUUACGUUAAUAUAAACAUGAAAUCAAUGGUAUGUGUAUCUGUGUGUAUUAAUAAUUGAUAUACCAUUCUGGGUUCUUUUUGUUUUUU